AUGAAUUAAUUGAGAAAUCAAAGAGGAACAGACACAGAUGAAGUAUACAUUGAUCCAGAAAGAGGAAUAGCCAUCAAUGCAAGAUAGAUGACAACUGAAUAGCAUUUCAAAUAUUACAAAUCCUCUUUUAGUACAUUAAGACCUGAUUUGACUGAAUAUGAAUAUGAAGCAUUUGCUAAGAGAUUAAGAGUUGGCGAAUCCUUUUUAAAUCAUAUGAGGGCAUUCCUUAAUCAUGAAUCAGGUAGAGUUACUAAUCUCUAUCCUGUUGGUGCAAGAUUAGAAAAGAUGUUAAGUUAUUAAAAUCAAUAUUUCCAUCUUAGACCACCUUUUAUUCUUGGACAUAGAUCUAAUGCAAAUAGAAAUUGGGCUGAUGCUUCUAAAGUUGUGAAUUAUAUCGAGAAGCAAUUACUCAAAAUAACAAAAUAUGGAUUGGAUUAUCCAAACUAUUAUGCUCCGAACACUGAGA